CAUUUAUUUUUGUUUGUCAAAUGAUGUGUGUUUUUUGAUGAUAUUCUGUUGAAAUAGUGAAAUCAAGCGUGGAAUUAUAUUAGUCUUACAAAUAAACAUUUUAACGAAAAUAAGUAUAUAAUAUGACGGCACCUCUGAAGCGAAGCUAUUAUCGAUUUUGGAACAGUAAAUACUUGUGUAUCGAACAUGCUGUAAAGUCAGCUGAUUAAACUAUUAAAGAUCAGUACUGUUAAUCGUAAAGGCUGAGCAAUGGUUGCAGUGGAAAACCUCGGACGCGUACUGAGUGAUCUUUUUCAGAGAAAAGGAAAAGGUACUGUCAGAGAAUGGAAGCCGUUGGGUCAGGAGCAAGAUGGGUGCCUAAUAAUAGGAUGGUGGCUGGAACUGCAGACUGAAGAUGAGAACUGUCACAAACUUCAGACUUACAUUGGAAAAUACUAUCAUGAAGGCAACAGUUUAAAGGUCUUGUACAUCAUCAACUCUCUUGUCAAUGUUGUUCAGGCAUCAGUAAAUGCAUCAGACACAUUACUGGGUUAUGUCAUAAAAAAGAAAGUUCCUGCAUCUGUUGAUAUUGCUGAACCAGAUGGUGGAAAUGAGGUUUCAGAACUAUAUGAACCAUUCCUUGUGGAAAUUUCAGAGGAUGAAGAACGCUAUCCAAAAGCAAUAGGCAGAGAAGAUACUCAUCAGACAAUGGUACAAUUUUUAUAUCGAAAAAAGGGAGCUACAGCACCUGAAAAACUACUGAUGCUUAUCCAUCAGGAUUCAAUAUCGCUUCAUCAUGUUCAGCUAACUCGAAAUGACAAAGAUCAAUGGACAUUAAAUGGAGAUCCACCUUAUGAGUCUAUAGUAAAAACAUUCUGUUGGGCUCAGUGGGACUGUGUACACCAGUCACUUUAUUACAUUCACUACCGAAAACCACAAAUCAGUGUUGAAGGGGAAGAAAAAGAAGAAAAUCAAGAGGAAGAGAUGUCGCCCACUCUGUCAUGCUUGCAAUUCCAUGAUGAAAUGCCACAUGAGACGGUGCUAAAUAUUCCACUGAAUCUACCUCAGCUUCCGAAGAGUGUGGAUUUGCCAUGUGACUUCUAUGAAGAUGACCCAAUUCCAUUGCGAAUUCACGAUUGUUCCCUAGACCUGCAAGUCAUAACGGACCCAAAGGGCAUUAUUUGCAUUUGCCAUCAUUACUUGUAUCAGCCUGUGAAGGCACCUGUACUGGACACUGGAAGUUCAGAAGAAUUAAUGGCAACUGUUCACUUUGCAUAUUCUGUCACACUCCUACAUCAUGGCAGUGUCAUUCAUUGUGUUGUACCUGGAAUACUUUGGUCUCAGGCCCGCAGUAUGAAACCUACUUUUAUGUUACAUGGGGACCACCACAUGCUGGUCUUUGCACCAGGGUUAUUUGCACAUCUUCUGGAUAUUGGACUUUCACAUGAACCGUGCUGCCAUGUUUUGGCAGGGCCUGCAUUGCCUGGGGUACCUGGGCAUGUUGCACAGCUCGUCCCCUUGUUGCCACACUGUGAGAGUGCUAUCACACUUGACUUACCCUCACUAGAUUUAGUACCACUAUCAAUGCCACCUUCUCAUCUCUUUGAAGCAUUUAGGGAUGCUGCAGCUGCUGAAUCAACUGAUGACUGCCUAGCUAUUUUGCACUACUUCCUUGUCCAUGUUGGGGAUUCAGAUGCUGUUUCUCAGUUGCUUAAAACUUUUCUUGAGAAGCCACUGAGAUUGAAUGUAUCACAAAUUCUACAGGAAAUGCUAGUUGGUGGUGCUUAUGCUUCCUCCUACAGAACAAUAACUUCCGAUGCACUGCCUUUGUUAGGAUUAUUGCCACUAACUACCAUUUCACGAAUCACUAAUAUUGAAGUAAAAAUCAACCGUCUCACAAUGUCCAUAUCACAAGAAACGCUGUGGAAUACUGCUAUGAUGCUGCUGUCACCCCAGCAGAGACUUGUUCCAUAUCGUGUUGAUUUGUGGACCAAGUUGUGGGAUCAUUUAGCAAAGAGAAAUGAAAAAGAUAAAAGACGUUUUAGCUCCAGUCAGGUGGCAGAAAAGCUUAUGGUGUCACUAGUUUGCUAUCAGCCGGAAGCAUUAUCACGUUCCAGUACACCACUAUCUCCUGGUGCUAGCUUGGUUGGCUCAGGUGCAAUUGCAGAUAUGGCUGCAAUAGCAGGCAAUAGAAAAGGUGGUUUUGCUGACAUGCUGCCCUUCUGUGAAGUAGAAAGCUGCACAGCGAGUAAACAGGAACACGUAAUUUCUGUUAAUCUACGAGAACUGAGCAUGCAUUUGUUAAAGAAUGGGAGCAGGCAAACUCCAAUGAAUGUCCAUGUUGUAGCAACACGCUAUGUUGCAGCUCAACUAGAAGUUUCAAAACAUUUGUGUGCUAUGUUAUGCCAGUGUGCUGGCAUUGAUUCGUACAAAGAGCAAGAGAAAGGAUUUGCUCUCAUAGACCAGCUAGAUGAAGACCGGCGCAAUGUAAUGUUUGUCCUCUUGGAGCGUUAUUACUAUGCCAUAGAAUCAUUAGCUUUUCCUCUGCCUCAAGGAUUUACCUCCUUUUUUACGUAUCUUGGAUACAGGACGUUGUCUUUCUCUAUGUUUUUGCAAUACCUUCAGCGCAGCGUUUUUGAACUGCAGAUUGAUGUCAUGAAGGCUAUUAUGGCAGACACAGAUGAUUCCAAGGAAGGUGUGAAAAGGAAGUUGCGACUGCUGCUUUUUCUGCCAAGAUCUAGAGCAAAGCGUUUGUUGAAUCAGUGGACACAUCCAGCAAGCUUAAUGUUGCGGGCUCGAGAACAUGCUUUAAACAUAUUGUCUGGUGUUGAAGGAGCACAAGCUCGAGGUCAUCCUUCACAGAGGACAAAGAACAUUCAGUUGGGUUCAAAAGGUCUCGCUGCCUUUCCUUCUGCAGAUAGGUUAUCACCUCUAGACACAUUCCUUAACUUACUAACUGCGAAAGCCAAUCUGAAUGAACUUGAUUUUGGACUCCUUGUUGAAGCAACUGUAACAUCGACAGAAGACUUUCUGUAGUCAUUCAGUCUUCAGUCUUGCCUCAGUGGAAAACCAUAUUAACUGUGGAAAAGCCUAAACAGUACACAUACUUACAAAGUGGAUUCCCAUUCACUUUGAACAUGAAAGUACAAAGAAGCAAUGCAAAACUCUAACUGCCAUGGUCAUCUCUUCCACUUAGAAAUUUAAUAUGCUUAUCAAAAAUUGUGUAGGUGAUACUAUAGCCAAAAAGAAUAUUACAUGAUGUUUGUCUUUGGUAAAAGUUGUGUGUAAUUUAAAACCAAGAUAGACUCAUUUUGUUUUGUGCUAUUUAUUGUUUGUGAGAUCACAAACAUAGUAGGUAAUAAUAUGUCCUUCAUAUAGUUAUUGCUCACACCAAAGAUAUGGUAAAAUAUUUACUUGUCAAAGAAUAGUGUGUAUGAUAAGAGUGUAUAUAAAUACUGGACAUAGUCUGACUAUAAGGUCUGUUAACAUUUAUUGUGAGAGUGGUCAUUUUGUACUUGAUAUAGGCUAUGUGGAGCUUCCAGGUUACAUGUAUUUUUUCAUGUGCUUUUACAGUAUAAUUAGCACCAUGCCACCAACUCUCUGCUGACUGUACUGAUAUUAUUUUCUAUCUUGCAACAAUCCUUUUUUAUGUAUGAUAAUCUCUACACUCCACUCAUUGCCUGCUGUUACCCUGUGAAGUUAAAGCAUUUACCACAUUCACUGCUUCUUUGUAUAAGCUCAGCAAUGGCUUUGUAAGCCAGAACUAGCUGUGUUUCACAGAAGUAGUCUAAUAAAUACAAUGUGAGUGUAAAAAUGUUGCCAACAAGUGGAAUUAUUAAAGCAACACAGAUUUCAUUAACUGACUUUAAAAUAUGCAUUUUUAUGAGGUUUUGUCACCAUUUAAAUAUAUUGUUUUUGCAGUUUAUUUUAUUAGAAUGUUGAAUUCUUGUUCCAUAUCACUGCCACCGCUGCCCCCUCUCAGUUUUGCUAAUAUUGUAACUGUCGGUUUCCAGCAUGUAUAAUAUUCACUGUGCUGCUGUUGAAGUGAAAAUGAUAAAUAUCUAUACUCAAAUUUGUGUGGCAGGCAGUCAGUGAUGUAAAAGUUUCAGCAUCAAUUUUAUUUUAAGGCCACUGCAUGAUGCUCUUAUGGGCCUGUGCACUUCUCAUUUUCUUCUUAUUAAGUGAUACCAAUGUCUGCAGAUGAGAAGACCAGAAGAGAUUGCCUCUAGUUGUGGUAGCAAACUAUUACUAUGCUGUCUGCUCAAGAGGAUUUGUGUUACUUUGGUAUUUGUGGAAAUGAUAGUUGAUAAUGGACACUUUGUAGAAAUGAUGGUUGAUAAUGAACGCAGUAACAGGAAACAACUUUUAUUGGAACUGAGUUUUCAGACAAUGGAUAAAAUAAUGAGGAUGGAGUAAGUGAACAACAGUAUUGCUAUUUCGUUUUGGACACAGCGCUUUCUUUCUUCCUCAACCUCCCUGUACCCAUCUGAAUGAGGCUGUAUGUUGACACAGCAUUUCAAAAGAGUAAGCAAGGAUCAAAGGGUACAGUUUACUUGGUGGACAGAGUAGAGUCAGGAGAAAUGAGAAAAUAGGAAGGUUUGACAAUUAUGAUGCUGAAAAUGAGAGAGAGAGAGAGAGAGAGAGAGAGAGAGAGAGAGAGAGAAGGAGCAAUUUAGAGACAAAUUAUAGGAUGAAAUAAGGAAAAGCAGUAUAGAGAGGAAGGAAGUGAGGGCUGUUUAUGUGUGUUGCUUCUGUAAGGGGACAACAAAACUGCUUUCAUAUAGCAGCAACUACCACAACCAGCAGUUUAACUGCUUAAGACUCUUCCAUGAGUGCUGCAGUUGACUUAUUUUCCACUUCUUUCCUGUUCUUUGUACUGCACCAGCACAGUAAGUUUUUCAUCGCAUAGUUAACUAUACCAACAUAAUGCUUUUGUAUGGCUCCUACUAAUGUGUAAACUUUUCAUUAAUCUCAUUCUUCGCCAGCACAUAUUUCUAUCCCCUAUAUGUAUUUUGAUAAAAUAAUAUUUAAAAGCUACAUUUAUAUGCUGAUUGUGGUGCAGUCAGCCAGCUGAUAGCUGCCCGAAUCAGCCAACCAAUAAUAAUAGUAUCUAAUUAUUUUGUAAGAACAAACUAGAAAUUUUGCUAUUGAAUUGAUUUCAUUUUAAUUACAGAAGGUUUCCUACCUUCCUAGUCAACAUUACUAGAUGCCGUACAUCAGUAUUUCUGGAAAUUACAAUGUAAUGAUGUAAUUGCUUCAUCAGCUUUGAAUGGUUAUACACUGUCAUGUUUAGGUUUUCUUUAAACUGUAAUAUAUGAGAAUUGCCAUGUACAGUAAUAUUGAUUAAUAGAAGUGAAGAUAGUUGAAACUGGUUUUCUUAAUAGAGGGACAUGGUAAUAUACUCAAUGUGCUCCUAGAAAGCAUAAAAUGUUUGGAGCUUUCGAACAUGUUUCAUAAGGAUGUAAGAGAAAGGUUGAGAAAUAUGUGUGAAAGAUGAAACAGAGUAGUUGGAGCUAUGGAGAAAAGAGUGAAAAAAGUCCUAUUGUGAAAUGGAAAGAGAACUCAAACAAUCUAAGACAACAGGUGGGUCUUCAGAUUUCAGUCCUCUAGCACAGACAUCAUUUUAAACAAUUUUUACUUGUCAAGACUUUUAUGUAUUGUUUCAUUCUGGAUAAUUAUAGUAUGUUAUGCACAUUCCAGUAAAUUACGAUCAUCUUUCCUUUUCCUUUAUUUUAUCCAGUUUUAAACAGCACAAAGUAGUACUUAUAUUUUGCUUAUAUG